UCUGCCUCCCCUCCGCUUGCGUCCGAUCGACUGGUGGGAGCGCAGAAAGAACGGAUCACUAUUAUAUUAUUGAUGUAUUAUAUUAUUGAUGUUUCCAGACAUCCGCAGCAGCCUACGUAGCCUGAUUGUGGCCGAUUUCGGACGUGCGAGCGACGCUACUCCUGCUUGAAAUUCAAUUUCCUUUUGUCUGCGCAACUGGCAGCAAUAUUUGUUGAUGUGUGAUCGGGGAUUGGGAAGUAAACACGCUGGCCUGCGCUCAUGAUUAGAGCCGAGGUGAGACUGAUAUCUCAGACUCAGAUUGCCCUUGAUCGCAAGUUGAUUUUACUCCGGAGCAGAGGAACUGUUGGCUCCAAUGGCGUCAGUUUCGAAGGUGUCUAUUCUGGAUUACUUUAAUAUUGUGUUUGAAGGUGAAAAUGGCAAAAUCGAGUCCAACUGCAAGGCUUGUGGCACCAGAAUCCAGGCGAAGCGGAGUGUCACGUCCAACUUCGUAACGCAUCUCAAGCGGAAGCACCAGGCUAUGUAUGAUGACUUUGUGAAAAGGAAGGAUAUGAAGAGAGAGGGUUACUCCUCUGGUUCCCUGCACAGUUUCACCAGCAAUGGAGGGAAUACCCGCUACACUCUUCCCAUCGGUACUGGCGUGGGAGGUGGAGGGGGAGGAGUAGGAGGUGUUGGAGGAAUGGGAACUCUGGAGGCAGGGAUAGGAGGAGGAUCAGGAGGAGGGGUGACAAAGUUCGACAGACAUGACCCACGUCAGGUUUUGAUCUCUGAGGCUUUAGCUAAGAUGAUCGUGCGUGAUCUUCAGCCAGUGUCCAUAGUGGAAAAUCAAGGCUUCAGAGAGCUGCUGCAGCUCUUGGAGCCACGGUACACUCCAGAGCCUCAGCACUACAUCCAGAGCCAGCUCCUCCCAGCCUACGCCUACCAAGUCCAGCUGACUACCCGUCAGGCCCUGGCCUCAGCACACGCCCUCAGUCUCAGCCUGGAUCUCUGGAGGGGCUUUUCUGGAACCACAUCAGGGUACCUCGGUGUCACCUGCCAUUAUCUUACAUCUGAUUGGCAGAUGCGGUCAGCCUUGCUGGCGUGCCUUCCCCUGACUGGUGGCAGCUCUGGGAAUCGUGUGCUGUCAGAUUUUGAUGAAGUGUGUCACUCUCAUGGGGUGUCAGGGAGAGCAUUUCGUGUUGUUGCGGACCCUUUUCUGGCAACAACAACCGUAAAGCCAUGUUGUCUUCCUGGUUUCCUGGUUUCAUCUCCUCUCGCUAACGUGCAAUAUGACAAUGAUGAAGAAGAGGUGGACAAUGGUAACGAUGUGGAGGAAGGGAUCAGGAAUGGCCAUGGUGAUGGGGGAGAUGAAGGAGAGUGGGAGGACUUAUGGGAGCAGGGUCUGGGGGUUUGUCGGGUGGACUGUUUCUCUCGCUCUCUUGAACAGUGUGUCAGAGAGGGGUUGGGCUCCUGUCCACAGCUCUCUUCCACACUGGCCAAGGCUGCCUGUUUCUACAACUACAUUACCUCUGCUGUCCCGCCUGAGAAACUCAGCCAGGUGUUUGAUGGUACUGGGCUGACGAUGGGGGGACCACGAAAUACCCCUCCGGCAGUAACAGACUGGGCUGCUCAGCUUAAGGUGCUUCGACGGCUGCUGGACUCGGUGGAGUUCCUGGAGGAGAUGAGUGGUCCAGGGGAGCUGGCGUUGGGUACUUCAGACAGAGCCGUCCUGAGGGAGCUCACUGACACUUUGGAGCCCUUCACUGAGGCCUGGGACAUGGUACACGGGGACAGACAGGCAGACAUACAGACAGACAGACAUGUGUCCAUCAGCCUGGGUCUGCCGUGUGUCCUGGGCCUUCGAAAGCAUCUCUCUGAGACGUCAACCCCCCACUGCCCCUCUCUCUUGGUGGGCCUCAGCCAGGCUGUAGAGCGUCGGCUGGCCCCUAUCCUGGCGGACCCUCUCUACAUCACUGCCACAACUCUGGACCCCCAGUUCAAGCUCACUUGGAGCAGCAAUCCUGACUGGCACAGACAAGUUCUCAUAGAGGAGUUAUCCAAACAUUCCACAGCCUCCAGCCCUAUAGACGCAAACACAGACCCACACCAUCAAUCCCAGACUCCUCCUGCUCCAGCACCAUCGCCGGUCUCCUCACUUUCUCGGCCCUGCAAGCUGUUCUCUUUUAUCAAGCAGAGACCCGCAACACAGGCCAAGAGCCUAGAGCAGGAGUUGACCGUUUAUCUACGAGAGGAACCCACAGAUGAGGAGGCUCUGCAUUACUGGCGGCGUAAAGCAAUUGACUUUCCUCUGCUGGCCCAGGUGGCCAAGAGGGCGUUUACCAUACCUGCUUGUGGCACUGUGGUGGAGAGUAUUUUUGCUACUGCUGGGUGCUCUCUGCGGCCGGAGAGAGGCCGCAUCUUACCAAAGAACCUGGAGACGCUCAUCUACCUCAAAGCCAACUACAGAUUAUUAUGGACUUAGAGCUAAGAGUCAAACAUUUCUUCUAACUAAACAGCAAAUGAAGGCUUUGUACCUGCAGUAAUGUUAUUUCUUGGAUACUAACCUCUCUUCCCCUCUAAGGAAACUGAGCUAACAGCUUAACACAGUUCUCAUACUACACUGAGAUGGAGUGAAUUAACCAGAAUUUCCAUGCGGAGGCUGAGUUUAGAAGGGUUUUCCAGACUAUAGUAGGUGUGGAUUGCUGUCUGUUUUCCAUGUAGCCUGCUUACAGACUAUCAGACCACAUGCUGUGGACCAAGGAGACUAGAAGCAGAUCAAUACUAAAGUAUUUACUUUGACAUUAUUUUGCUGACUAGGGUCUCCAGACAACCAUCACAACCCAGCCACUCGCCAUCUUACCAACCUGAAAACAGCUUGUGUCUGUAUCAGCCAACACUGGUAUACCAACAAUAACCAAAUGGUCAAUUAUUGCAUACUGUAGCAUAUGAUUUAUUUUCACUGAUAUACGAUAACCCUAGAGGUUGUGACUAAUUCAUUUGAUGUUGCGUUUGAAGGAAAGCAUCAGUGGGUAAACAAUAUGUCAUCCCCUUAUUGUUUUUAUUCCUCUCUAUAUGUAUGCCUCAUUCGGACAUUAUAAUAAAUGAGUUUCACUUCCUUAC